UCUCUUUUCUUUUGUUUUUUCCGAUAAUCCAAAAACUCUCUGAAUCGAAUUGAGAGAGAAAGAAAAAAGAAAUGAGCUACGAGAAAGUCCCACCGGAAUCGUAUCCUCCUCCAGGAUACCAAUCUCACUAUCCACCACCGGGUUAUCCAUCGGCACCACCGCCGCCGGGAUAUCCUUCUCCUCCGUCGCAUCAUCACGAAGGAUAUCCUCCUCCACCUCAUUCUCACGGAGGAUAUCCGUAUCCACCACCGUCUUCGCGUCCUUACGAAGGCGGUUAUCAAGGUUACUUCGCCGGAGGUGGUUAUCCUCAUCAUCAUCAGGGACCUCCGCCGCCGCCGCCGCCGCCGCAGAACUACGAUCAUUGCCAUCACGAUCAUCACCAUUACCAAGAUUCUGACUCUGGUUGCUCCUCUUUCCUCCGUGGCUGUCUCGCUGCUCUCUGCUGUUGCUGUGUGUUGGAGGAAUGCUGCUUCUGAGAAUGCCCGUCUCUGCGGAUUUCGUCAUUUUUAUAUCUCCAGUCGAAGACAUAUGCCAUAAGUACUCUCUAUGUCUUCUUAUGUACACUACUAUAUCAUGUUUCAUUGUCUGUUAAUGUUUGACCUCUUUGUUUGAGAGAGUGCGCUCCUCCAGGUCAUGGAUGGAUGGAUGGAUGGAUUAGACAAAGUAGGUUUCUUGUGAAUGUUCUUUUUGUAAUUUUAAUGUGAUAUUUUGGAAAACAUGUUUGCUAUUUUAUCCAGAUUUCACUUUCUUUCAAAGGCUGAAUUAUAUCGUAAUAAUAUAAUGCAUAUCAUUAUUAGUUA